UAGCUCAAAAUCACAAAUUUACCUCCAAGGGUUUUACAAUCUGUGCAGCAUAUGACACCUCUAUUAUUAGACCCUUGUUUUGGAUGAGGAACAGUUCCCUAAAAACGUUUGUAAAAAGAUAUAUUUUAAAAAGAAAAAACACAAAGCAAUAGGCAGGGGAUUCAUCUUCCAGCACAGACUGAUAUGCAAUAGACUGUGUACAGAGCAGACAGAAAUAACAAUAGUAAAUUUACAAUAUGGAGAGUCAAAAUGGAAUAUGGAAAAUUAGUAGAUAGUGGAGGAAGAUAGAUUGAAAACAUAUAAUAAGCAAUUGCUUCGGUCCACACACCAGCACCGUUACAAGCUGUAAUAAUGGCUUUAAUAAUGGUCAAUAAAUCAUUAACCAAGACUUUACAGAUCAUUUAUAAGCUACUGAGAACAACAACAACUUUUGGCUAGUCAGUUUGUGGAAAAUCUUCCUUGAGCUUGAGCUUGACAUAAAUGUUAGUAAGCUCUUCUUAAGAGGUAAUGGGUUGCUCAAUUUGUAAUAAGCCAUCAGCAAAGGUUAGUCAAUCAUCUAUAAAUGUUAAUAAAUUAUUGAUAAGGGUUUCAACUAUAAUCCAUCAGAUUUGCAGUUGUUGCAUAAAUGUUAGAUGGAUUUUGAUCCAGGUGUCAUGCAGCCCUUUUCCAGAGGUGGUCAAACAGUCAACUAUAGUUUAACUCCUACCUCAUGAAAUAAAUAAGUGACAAAUUUGUGAUGCUGGAGGGGGAUUUUCCUAAAAGUUGUUCUCUUUAAAAGCUUAGACGGGUCUAUAAAGCAAUAAUAUAUAUUAACCAGUGAUAGAGCCAUGAUUUACAGCCUAUAAGCGCUUAGUAAAUAGUGGUGCACUGUCUGUUGACAGCAGCAUUAGACCAGGCACCUAUAUGACACUCAUUCCCACCACUACGACCCCUCGUCGCCUUCUUCGUAACUACUAUCCUCCCAGUACAGCGGCCAGUACAGUGAGUGGGUUUUUCUCCCCCUCACUGCUGCAGCAGCAGGAGCUGGAGCCUGUCGCUAGGCAACCGCCCCUCCUUCCCAGCAUCAGCACCACGACGGUGUGUGCGCGCGCUCUGCCGCAUCUUCAAGUUGCCUGCACGUUCUGCGUGCCUUGUCAUCACGUAUAGGGCAGGUUUCGGUUUGCAAACACGAUACAUUCCUCUCCCAGUGUCAGAGCUGCACCGAGGAACAGAGGAGAGACGUGAGGGCAGCAGAGGGAGGGGCGAGUUGAAAGAAGAGUUGCAAAUUAAACUCGGAAGGAUUUGAACAUGUCAUUCCGGACAUAGGUAGGGCUAUGCUGUUAUGUUCACGUGACGCCUGGUGGGAGGCAAUGGGGUUAAACGACCGGGAUACAUACACACAAACAAAACACACGGGCUGAACGGGAUGCCCGCGUGACUGCAGGGAGGAACGAGGCGGUGGAGGAGGAGGAGGAGGUGGUGGUGGUGGUGGUGGGGGUCUAGGUGCGUGAGGACCACCGCAAAACCCCCGAGGUGGACUUGUCAAAGAUCGAAACCUGCGAGGGAAGCUUCAUUCCGGUCCAGCUGCUAUUUUUGGUGCGGUUUGAAAAUCGAUGGACGAUAUUUAUUUCCUGUUCACGUCGAGGUAAUUAGUCUCGCUUCCCGAACGAACCGAUGUGAUCUCGGGGGCUUUUUGAUCUCCACCACCGUCUUUUUUUUUUCUUUUUGUCUUCUUUCUUUUCGGUGACGGGAUGAGGACCUAACAUAAAGGUCGCGCCAGGAGUUGGGGGUCUUGGUGGUGGUAGUGGUGGGGAGCGCGCAUGUUCGGAUUUUUCGCUCCUCCUGAGUGGACGGACACGCGGACCGACCGGCUCGUGUCAUCGCUGCUGGGGGGGGGGGUGAAACGACGAGCGAUCAGCUGGUUUUCUAUGGGAUGCUUCAGAAUUUGCGGCCUGCUCGGGUCUCCAGUUACCGCAAUGCCACUGGCGAGAGGGGGGAGAGGUGGAAGGAAGGCAGAAGACGGAGAGGUGGAAGCAGCGAAAAGCAAACGAGUAUAGCAAUAAUGUACGGCAGCCAAAAAAACUAAAUCUAGCUCAGUUUGUGUGGUUGUGUAAUAAUCAGAUAAUGAGGAGGAGAAUGGUAUAGACUGUACUUGUUAGGCUAUAAUGGCCUGUGAACUACAGGGGGUGAAAGAGAUGCUGUAUUGACUGAAGCAACAUUUGUAUCAUGGCUGAAGUGUCAAAUAAGACGAGUAAGGUGGCUGCAAAUGUGUAGUGGCCGCUCAUUUCUCAACUUUCUGCUGACAAAGUUCUUGGACUCACUGACUGGACUAUAGUGCACACCAUGGGGCAUUGCGCAGCACCUAUGGCACCUGCCAGUGGAGAGCUUGGUGCAUAAUUGUGACGGAGUGGAGUUCUGAAGCCAGCAUUUAUGUCUCUCCCUCUUCUACUCUCCCAUGCUUCUGCCCACACACAACAACUGAACUUUGUUUUAUGAACCCAGAGUGAGCGUGAAACCUCUCCCAGCCUCCUCCUCCUCCUCCUCAGAGACGAGUCUAACAUGCCUUCACCGUCAGACUCCAGCAGCGUGGCUUCGGCCUCGGGGUCUCGAGGCUGGUCGGACAGCCGUAGGGGCAUGUCGGGCCGGGGGCCCGGUGGUGCCAGGGUGCUCCUGUACCUGGGGCUGUGCCACCUGGGCCUGGGGGCCAUGGUCCUGGCCUUCUCCUUCACCAGCAUGGCCUUCACCUCCACAGCCCGUGUGAGGCAGUAUUGUCCAUUUUGGUCUGGCUUCUUUGUGGUGGCAUCAGGAAUAGUUGGGAUAAUCUCAUGGAGGAGACCUCUGACGCUGGUGGUGUCACUGUUCAUGCUGCUGUCUGCAGUGUGUGUGAUCCUCAGCCUGGCCGGCUCCAUGCUCUCCUGUCAGAACGCACAGAUGGUCAAGUCUAUGCUCACCUGCCAGGUGGACAAUGGCCUGUGUGUGUGUUGCGCGCCCACCACUCACAAAUGCCCCAGCGUCGAGGAUGAGACCCUGGUCCUCUACCAGAAUGAUAAGUGCCACUCAGUCAGACGUCAGCUGAAGGACCUUCUGUUCAGUGCUUGUGGUCUCAGCAUUCUCUCCACCAUCAUCUGCACUUUGUCCACUGUGACCUGCAGUAUUCACAUAUUCUCCCUGGACCUUGUGCACCUGCUGGCACCCCAUCGCUCUCGUUCAGUCAACCCAGAGUGCACCACUCCUCAGGAUGCCUUCCUGACCAACAUCAUGGACUUUGAGGAGUUUGUCCCACCCAUCCCUCCGCCUCCUUACUAUCCUCCUGAGUACACCUGCAGCUCUGAGACAGAUGCUCAGAGCAUCACCUAUAACGGCUCAAUGGAGAGCCCUGUUCCCCUGUACCCCACUGACUGCCCCCCUCCUUAUGAAGCUGUCAUGGGACAGAGAGCUGCCAGCCAGGCAACGAUGUUUGACGCUCACGGCACUGAGCUGUCUGGAGAGAGGGGAACCUCUACUGCCUUCAGUGGAGAAGUGUCCAUGGACAGUGGAUCUCUGCUGAUGUCGGAGAUUGUGGACAUCCCUGAUGAUUCCUCCCCAUCUGAGGACUCCUGUCUGAUGGAGGUUGGGCUAAGGCACCAGGGGGAGAGGGGCAACAGGAAUGCCAGCGAGGGGGGAGACAGUGGAGACGGAGGGGAGUACCUCGGCUUCCGUGGUCCCCUGUGUCAAACACCAGAGAGUCCUCUGGCAGGAGGACCAAGGGCCAGGCGCUUCCUGAGAGGAGAGAGGUCCAACUCCUGCUCUUCACCCAGCACAGCCACUACCACAUACAGGUCUCCAGUAUUGCGACGCCAGGCCAUGCUAGCUAGUAGCUGUUCCCAACUAGAAGCAAUAGGGGGCUCCACCUCUCAACAUCGAUCCUCCAUCCCAGAGAUUCGAGUUCGCCCUUCCACUCCCCUGCGCCAAGGAGCUGCUCCGACCUCCUCUGUUCCUCCCACCUCAUCCUCCUCAGCCGCCAGUGAGCCAGGCGGUGGUCAGAGUAACGGGCAGCCCCUCCCACGUCAGCCGCUGUACCUGCGACGAAGAGCGGGGAAAAGUGAGAAGGAUGGAGAGAGCCUAAGGGGGGAUAGUGAAGGGCUGCUACGCCUCGUGAGGUCACACAGCGAGCCAGGCCUCGGCUCCUCGACCGAUACAGUUGACUUUGGCUCUGGAAGCAGCAAGGCAUCUAUAGAUACAGGUCCAUCCUCUGGGGCGUGUCUGUUGCCCCGCACCUCUUUGCCUCCUGCUGCAGCUUUGCCCAGGAAAGGCAGCACAGGGGUGCAGGUCCCCGCCAAACCUCCACCCACAUCGCCAUUGCGUUUACCUAAAGACUGCCACCGUUCCCUCGGUGACCUUAAGGUGACUCGAGUUCUGGUGGCUCGUUUUCUACAGCGCUCCAAACGCAACCUAGCUCCCUCUUCUGAGCAUGCUGGGAGCACAGGACAGGGGCCUAAGAGGCGGAGUGGAGCUGAGGGUGCUGCCACCAACCACCUAGCCCUAGAACAAGUGUUGCGGACCCCUUGGAGCGCUGGUCGAGGACACCCCAACCAUCAAACUCAUCAUCCCCCUCAUCACCGUGGACACCACCAUUCCCAUAGUGACAGUCGACACAACCGGCACUACAGUGGCCGGGCGCCAGAGGGGAUCCACCUGCGCAGCUGUGGAGAUUUAAGCUCGUCCUCGGCGUCACUACGUCGAUUGGUGACGCCUUAUCCACCGCAUGGGUCAUCAGGAGCUCUCUACUCAGAGUCUGCACUGUGAGGUUGGGAGGAGGGUGACGGAGGGACUGGGGAGGAAAAUAGAAGGCACACAAGAUGGCAGGGAUGUAGAGGACAGUCAAUGGAAAACACCUAGAAAUGAAAUUUUGAAAAACUUCCCUUCUUCUCUUCGUCACAUCUGUUUCCUGAACUGUGCAAAUGGCCUUAUUCUGUGGUGCUCUUUAUCACUCGGAACAUCAACCCAGAGCUCACACUUAAUUCGCUGUUCAACAUCAGUGAAACAGUCAUUCGAUGCUUAUUUCUGGUCACUGUGGUCUUUCCUCUAACAGAACAAAUCCAUUAUUGGCUGAGACCAACCUACCAGACGCAUCUUUUCUGCUGUGUUCUCCAUAUCCUCCCGCUCAAUAGCCAUCCAGAAACAACUCUUCCUCAAGACCGGAGACAGAACUCAGCAGUCAUGCUACAACAGCCACUUACUCACAUGUACAUUCAAUCUAUUACGUAAUUAUGGGUUGCAAUAUGCAUCUGGCCCUUUUGUACAUUGCUAUAUACCCACAGGAUCGCUCAGGUGAAGUGAUCAUGGAAACUCUUAUUUUGUCUUCCAUUGAUAAAAAAUGCAUCUCAAUAAACAUAUAGUUAGCUGAGUACAAUAUAAGAUAAACAGAUGAGGUUGCACACGAGGACAAAAGCUGUCACAUGACAAACCCUUUACUGAGUUGCUGAUUUUGAUGUUUCCUUUUUGCAAUUCAAAUUCCCACUUUUUUUCACAUGUUCACACCUCCACAUUGGCCUUCAAAGAAAGGCAGCCAGCAAUUCUAACACUGACAGUACUGCACGCCACAGAUACACGUUCAGCCUUUGAAAUGUAUUCUCUGUGGGUGGCCCCCCUGGACACGGUAGUUUGAUUUGCAUAUGUGCAUGUUUUGCUACAGCCUCCCAAAUACAGCAGGAACCUUGUGCAUUAGAUCCUGAUCAUCUGUGUAACUAAAGUAACACGUCCUAAGAAUGUCUUUAUCUGCAUGUUUUGACAAUGCUUAUUACUUUUUCUCCUCUUGCACCUAAGACCUAUGAUAGUAGCCAUUUGAAAUGUGUUUGUGUUAAUAGAUAGCUGAUGGGAAAGGUCAGAGUCAAAGAUGCGCAGUGUUCCUAAAGUUCACUGCCAGAUGGCUCCAAACAUGCCUCUGCAUCCUAAUUUGAUUUUGAUAGGGUUUGAAAAUCUUUCAAGUGCACAGGCAUGGGCUAAAACAGCCUGAUACUGUAAGAUAGAGAGGUGUAAAUUGCACUGUGACUCUGAUGACACUAAGAGUCUCUUGCAAUAAAUGUACAGACUAUUUGUUAAGAGGUCAGGCUUCACACUAUGUGUUGGCACAGUUCCCUUUGGACUUGCAAGUGGGGGUGGUUAAGUGAAAAAAAAAAGAAGAAGAAGAAGCCGCCCUGGGCUGCUGACACUCCAGUGACAGUGAACAUAUGAUGGGUCUGUCACCUCUGGAUACUGGAUUUUGAAGUGUAUCAUUAUAUGUGUGUCAGAUUGGACUUUUUUUAUUGGAAAGUCUUUUUGGUGUGCUCACUAAGCAGUGAUAUUGACUCCAUUAUCAGUAAAGACACAUUUUGGAGACACUCAUAUGUAUGUAACUAAUUUUAAAAAUUUACACACAUACACACAGAUACAGGCACACUCAUACACUCCCUUAUUAAGGCACUGAGCUGUGUUUCUACCUCCUGUCUUGCAUAAAAUAUUAUUUAUUUGAAAAAAUGUGUAUAUCUGUAUGGCAGGCUUAACAGGAUAGAGCCUUGAAAACUGAAUAAUAAAUAUAUCUAAAUAUGA